AUGGAAACAGGAUCUCCCCAGCUCCUGCCAGCUGCUGAGAGAGUCAGCCCCCAGAGUGCACCUUAUGGGAUUCCCCAGCUCCACUCCCAGAACUCCCAGAGUUUGCUCCUGAUCUCCUGGGCCCUGACCAUCCAGCCAAACCAUCAGCAAUUCCCCAAGAGUCAACGCAGAUAUGCACUCUGGCUAUCUCUCACUCCAGACAAAGUGGAACGUCAAAUCUCUGGCUUAAAUCUCUGGCCCCUGCGAGGAUUUUCCUUUACCAAUGUCUUCACAGUCACCCCUGAGUGGAUCUGUGAUGCUACAGCUGUCCACUUUCAUGUGGCCAAGGCGGACGCGCUGAGCGAGCGCACGGCGCGGCUGCUCGCCGACUACCUGCAGUUCUGCGCCCGGGAGCCCCGCGCCCCCGCCCCGGCGCCGUCCUCGCCCGAGGCCGCCGUGCUGCGCUGCGUGGCCGCGCAGGUGCGGCGGCGUCACGAGCGCCUCUUGGCGGGUUACCGCGGCUACCGGGGGAACCGCGUGGAGCUGGUGGCCGGGUUGGAGCGGGAGAUCCUCGCCCACCCGCAGGCCCUCAGCUGGGGCCGUGUGGUGGCGCUCUUGACCUUCGCGGGGACGCGAGCGGAGCCGGAGCCGGGCGAGUGGGAGGCCGGGGUCGGCCAGGACUGCCGGCACCUGGUGGCCUUCCUGUGCAGCCGGCUCACAGGCCAGCACCGCGCCUGGCUGGAGGCGCACGACGGCUGGGAUGGCUUUUGUCUCUUCUUCACACCCAUGCUCAUCUUCUUGGAAAAGACUACUGGUCAAGGUUCUUCUGUCAUGCUUUGCCACAAUGAUCUUAAUCUACUUCUGGAAAAGAUUAUCAUGAGUUCUAAAAUAAUUAACCCAUUUCUACCUGCCUGUGACCAGCCAACUGGAUUUGAGAUGUGAAAGAAUAGAACAGAGUAAACCACCUUCUGAGACAUUUUUACCUGCAUUCAUCUGAGGAGUCCUAUGGUGAUGAUUCAGCCAGUGUUUUAACUGCUGGCAAGCUCUCAGAGGUAUUAGGACAAAAGCACAAGUGGCUCUUUGAGUGGGAGAAAUGGAUUCUACGGGUUCAUUACUCUAAAGAAUUGCAGUAGAAGCUACAUUCUAGUGAGUAGGAAACCUGGUGCUUUUUGCUGCAUUUGGAUAAGAGUGAAUAUGAAUCUCUACCCACAGUUUUGUGUGCUACUUCUGACUCCUUUGUCAGGGUGGUUAGUCAGGGGUAGAAUGCCAGAAGGCC